GUUCCACAUCACUACCGCAUUUUUGGCGGCUCGUGCAGCGCAUGCCUACCCUAGCGAGAGUUGCUCAAAGGCAAUCAAAUCGAGCGCACCAAGAACAGUGGGGGGUGCCUCAAUCGCACACAGCAACUCCUUCGCCGCGUUCUCCUUUGAGCCAGCAUUCUGGGUGGAAUUCUUUGGCAACGCAAGCACUCCGAACAACCUGACAUUUGCCAUUUCUCGGCCGCAUUCACGAAUAUGGCGGCCAUCCUAUCAUCCAGCCUGGUGGCAUCACCAUGGGCAGCACGGUCUUCGAACCGGAAGGUGGAGACACUGUUCGCACGACCAGCCCUGACGGUGGGGUCUGGAGAACAACGGUCGAACCUGACUACUACAAGAGUUCGGAUAACUUCCCAGAAGGCACAGAGUUCGUCUCAACGCUCAACUUUGGUAACGAGAGUCUAGACAUUGCGAAAGGCCUUGCAGUAACCUCCGUCACAUACCAAGGUGACAAGGUGGCAUACUUUGAGCUCGGCAAUGAGCCGACGAACUACGAGGAGAGCCGAUGGAAUCGUUCGACAGAUGCGUAUAUGAGCGAGUGGAAACAGUAUACUCAUGAAAUCGACGCGGCUGUCAACGCGAGCGGCGACAGCAACCUCACCAGUCAGCGAUGGUGGGCAUCAUCCGCCACAACAGACGAUUUUGGUCUUGAAGUGCGACCAGUUACUCUCAUUCCGGCUGGCGUCGACUCAGAGGACCAGGUCGGCAUCUACUCGAUUCACUCCUAUGCGUUCUCAACCUGCGAUCCAAAGCGCGCCGCACUGGCUACGAUCGCGAACAUCUUGAACCAUACCGAGCUCACUCACUACUGCGAUGAGGAAAUCUACCCUUCUGCUUGUGUUACUCUUGAAGUUGGAGCGCGCUGGAACAUCGGCGAGUUCAACUCGGUCUCCUGCUCAGGCGCGCCUAACGUCACAGACACUUUUGCGCAAGCUCUUUGGGUGAUUGAUAGCGAGCUCAUCUACGCUACUCGCAAUGCAACAAAUACCCAUCUCCACCAAGGCGCGACUCUCGCUCUGCAGUCUAAGGACCAAGUCAACACGCCAGACGCGAACGGCACACCUGGCUUCAGCACAUAUUCGAUACUUUACCCGCGAGAGAGCAACCUGCGAGGCCCAUCUCGCACUUUGAUUUCGUUCCUUGCUCAGCUCUUCAUGGCUGAAGCCUUCGCCACUUCCAGUACACGUGUCCGAGCCCUCGAUGCACCUUCUGGUGUCGAUCCAGAGUUAUUCGCGGCGUAUGCGUUUCACGUUGACGAUCGUAUCUCUAAACUUGCACUUGUGAACAUGAAGCCAUACUACGCCAACUCAACGUCCGGCUUUACCAUUCAAGUGGAUCUGUCUUCCCUGACGCAUACUGGCAACGGCGGUUGUGUUCGUAUGAAGCGUUUGACUGCGCGCUUUGUCAAUACUGAAGACAGCAAUAUUUCGAUGUGGGCUGGUCAGUCGUUCCCUAUGGGUGAGCCGGUGGACGACAUGGCAAUCGAUAUGAUCGGUAAGGACGCCAAGGUUAGUGUCAGAGGCAGUGAAGCUGUUUUGGUCUUCUUCGACGAUGUGUAUGGACUUUGCGAAAUAAGAGCGUGGAACAAGAUAGUCAGCAUCCAACCGGAUAGAUACUAAGAAUGUGCUGGUAUAACAGGGGCAUAAGCUUUUCAGCGUAGCAUUGAUAUUCGAGGAAGAAAUGAUGCUAUGUACAAGUGACGCA